AUGUCAAUACUGCUUCCAGUGACCAACAAUAAUUGUCUUUCAUGGCUUGAAAGCUCUCUUCGGCUGUGUAGAUUCUCAGGCAUUAUGGUGACGUCUGUGACCCUCCUCAAGGCGAUAUACGCCGACUCCCACGGACAUGUGAAGCAUAGCUUAUCCGCCAGGGGUCGAGUUCAGAAUGCUGCGGUGCGCUCCACAUUAUUAUACGGAUCGGAAACAUGGCUGCUGAGUGCCGAGGACGUCAGAGUAUUUUCAGUUUUUGGCCAUCGAUGUAUUUGGAACACUAUUCGAGACUGGUGUGAACACCGGAUUAAUAAUGCUGGAGUGCGUUGGAUGGUUUUCAAAGCAUAUGGCUUGUCCGCGAUAGAUGAACUGAUCACACUUCAUAGGUUACGUGCUCCACGUGCUCUGUAUGCCAGUCGACCGAAUUCGAAGGACUGUUUUCGCACAACCUCACGAAGAGUGGAAACGAGCCGGGGAGGUCAAACAAUGACUUUCCAGCGAAGCAUGGAACAUUCAACUCGACCAUCAGUUAAAAAUCCCCACAUGCCCAGUCAACCACGGACUACAUCUUCCGGAUUGGAAGACGAACACGAGCGCUUGAAUGCUGAGCUCCACCAGAAGGUCUCCAACUUGCGAAGCCUGUCCAUUCGUAUUGGGGACGAACUGAGAGAUCAAAACUUUCUUUUAGGUGGGAUGGCUGGAACCUUUGACCGAUCCGAAGGCCUACUGCGUUCCACAAUGAAUCGCGUUCUUGGGCUUGGACGUCAUGGCUCCACUCUUGGUUUGUACUGUUAUCUGUUAUGCUUUGCUACCCUCUUCUUUUUCGUCUCUGCCGCCUUGUCGUGGCGGUCUGGCUUCUGUGCUGCAAUGAUCCUGCGGUCUAUAGUGGCUGGAACUCAUUUUCUUAAGGUUCAACCGUGCCAGGUAGGCCCAUCGGGAGUAGCCGGACGAAGAACAGCGGGUCCCCAUACUGCAAUUGACCGUGACAGCCGGCGUAUUAUUCACUACGGUAGAAACACUUUUAAAAUCAGAGAGUCUGGUGCUGCUCAAAAGGCAACUGUGCGCAGCUGCAUUAGAAGUGAGACAGUAAUGCCUUGCUCCCCGCGCCCUCGGGCCAGGACAGCCCUCUGCAGCCGAACGGGCCAGACUUUUAGUCAUUGGCUCCAGGCACGCCCCCCCCCCAAGAAAACCCUAACAACCGCUGUCUCUCAGCCCAGACCGUUGAAAAAGUAA